AUGAUACAUGGACACAAACAAUACCCAGACUCGGUUAUCCACAAAGAAAAUCAAUUCUGGGUCAGGCUACCAUGGAAGUUGAAUCAUCAGCAACUUCCAUUAAAUCUCUUCAUGGCACUAAACCAAAUGAAAUCACAGGUGUUGCACUUUAACAGACAACCUGAUAAAUUAAAAUUGUGCCAUGAGAUAAUCCAACAACAGCUCAAUAACAAAUUCAUCAAAGUUUUUACAAAUGAUAACCCUAAGGAAGGACACUAUUUGCCACAUCAUGCCGUACUAAAAGAUUCAAUUACCACGCCUAUAAGAAUCGUGUUUAACUGUAGUGAUAAAGCUAAACAAAAUAGUGUCUCAUUGAAUGACUGCCUUCAAACAGGUCCAAGCCUAACACAGAGGCUAUAUGAUGUGCUGUUAAGGUUUUGCAUAGGGACUUAUGCAUACAAGGCCAACAUCAGUAAGGCAUUCCUUAAGGUAGGUCUACAAGAAGAAGACUGUAAUUAUAUUAAGUUCCUAUGGAUCAAGGAUCCCUGUGAUCCACUCAGUGAAAUGAUCACAUACAGAUUUGCUUCAGUUUUCUUUGGUGCUACUUCUUCAACGUUUCUGCUUCAAACAACCUUAGAUAAGCAUUUGAAGAAGUCUAAUAGUCCAAAUAAAAUUGAAAUUAGCAAUAACCUGUAUGUAGAUAAUUUCCAGGGAACUACCAACAGUGACAAAACUGCUAAAUGUAUAUCAUGA